AUGUCAGUAUUUAAUUCUAUUGAAUAUGACGAUCUUAUAUAUCGUCAUCGACAAUCAAGUGAUAUAUUAUGGUCAUUAAAAAAUUGGCAUCAUCCAUUAUUCGAUAAUAAAGAACAAUCAAUUAAAUCAAAACAAUUAAUUAAUAAAAAUACACAAAUAUUAUCAAUAAUAACACCUGUACAUUAUAAAACAUUACCAAGAAAUUCUGAACAAAUCAAAUUUGAUGUUUUAAAUAGUUUAGCAUUAAAAUAUACAAUUGAAACAUUAAAUAAUGAAUUAAAUACAUAUGAACAAGCUAAAUCUAUUAUUCAAGAAAUGUCUCAUCGUUUAAAUAUUCGAACAGCACGUUUUCUUGCAUUUAUAUUUGCUAAAAUAUUUAAUCAAGUUUAUGAAAAUAUUUAUAUUGAACGAAAUGGUAUUGAUAAUAUAUAUAAUUUAUAUUGUUUAACACCAAUAGAUUCAUCAACAAACAUACCAUCAUCACCAAUAACAAUAUCAUCAACAUUAUUUGCUAUAUUAAAUACAUUUUCACGUUCAUCAUCAUCAUCAUCAUCAAUUAAUUCUGAUGGAAAUUUAUUAUCAUCAUCACCAUUAACAACAAAACAUUAUAUAACAUCACCAAGAAUUAUUUAUUUACCAACACAUCGAAGUUAUAUGGAUUUUAUUAUAUUAACAUAUUUAUGUUUUGAAUAUAAUAUUCCAUUACCAUGUAUUGCAGCUGCACAAGAUUUUCUUGGUCUUGGUUUAUUAGCAAAUUUACUUCGUAAUUGUGGUGCAUUUUUUAUACGUCGUUCAUUUCGUACUGAUCUACUUUAUUGGACUAUAUUUGAUGAAUAUGUUAAAACACAUUUAAUACAUGGUGAUUAUCCAUUAGAAUUUUUUAUUGAAGGUGCACGUUCAAGAACAUUAAAAACUUUAUUACCUGUUCGACAAGGUAUGUUAAAAUCAUGUUUAGAAUGUUAUUUUCGACGACAAAUUGAUAAUUUAAUAUUAAUACCUAUUUCAAUGAAUUAUGAAAAAGUUUUAGAAGAUAAUUUACAUGCAAAUGAAUUAUUAGGUAUACCAAAACCAAAAGAAUCAAAAAGUAGUUUAUUUAAAUCAUUACAAAUAUUAAAAAAAUCAUUUGGAACAAUGAUUAUCAAAUUUAGUCAACCAAUUCAUGUACAUGAUGCUUAUGAAUUAUUUAAAAAACAACAAGAACAUAAACCAAAUAGCCACUGUGAUCCUUUUAAUCGACGUGUUCCACGUGGUAUUCAACCACGCUCUGUCUGUCAAUAUGAUGGAUUCAAUGAAUUAGAAGAAAAUUUUCUUGAUGAAAUUUCUUAUCGAAUCGUAAAUGAACAACAAAGUUUAACAGCAAUCUAUCCAAUAACUGUUGUUGCAUUUUCUUUUCUUAAUUCAUCAAUAACUAUGUCUAGAGAUCGAUCAAUGUCAAUUGAACAAUUAUUUAUUGAUAAAAAUACAUUGUUUAUUGAGAAUGCAAAUGUUCUUAAAGAUUUUUCUACUCAUUAUGAAAUAUUUUGGCCAUCAAAUAAUGAUAAAAAUAAUUUAAAACAACGUCUUUUAUCACUUUAUUCAGAUAUAUUUGAAUUGAUUGGAAAUAAUCAUUUAAAAUUAAAAAUGACUGGUGAUCGUCUAGUUGAUGCUGCUCUUCUUAUGAAAUUAAUUAUGUAUCGAAAUAUAUGUUUACAUUUCUUUGCUAAACCAGCUUAUAUUCUAUUGGCAUGUCAAGCUACUACUCAGUCAUCAAUUUCUUACAAAGAAUUAAAAACUUAUUAUCAUUUUUUUAUACAUUUAUUUGCUUAUGAAUUUGUUUAUGAUAAAUUUCCGAUAGAUAAUAUUGAUGAUAAAUAUUUUGAUAAAUAUCUUUCAUAUUGGAUAAAGAAAAAUUAUCUUCUAUAUAUAAAUGAAUCAACAUAUGAAAUUAAUAAAAAUUUUCUUGAACAAAUUUCAUUAAUAACAAGUCCUUUUGAACAAUAUGCACGUGCUUAUUUAUUAAUAUAUGAACAAGAAAAUAUUUUAAAAGAAAAAAAUUUAUCAAUAUUAAUUAAAAUUUAUCAAAAAAAUUUAUUAACUAAAAUUGAUUCACAAAAUAUAAUUAGUAUAUUAGCAUCAUCAUCAAAUGUUAUAAGUAAUGCUUUGAGAACAUUAAAUAUAAGUCAUACAUCAACAACAUUAUCUCAAGUUCGUUAUAUGUUAACAAAAAUAUUUCAACCAAUAUCAAUUCAUUUUCGUGCUAAGUUAUAA